CUGAUGGAUAGCUAAUGAGCAGCUACAUAUAUACAAAUCUAUAGCUCAGUAAUUCUUUCCACUGUUACCUUCUUGGCAAACACGAACUUUUUCUGUUAAUAUACCUAGCUCAUCAGAUAUCAUGGACAUACCUAGCAAGCAGUGGGCACAAGUCAUUGAGAAACCCGCCACGGACGUUAUCUACAAGCAGAUACCCGUGCAGCAUCCCGGUCCAGAUGAAGUUUUAGUCAAUAUCAAAUACUCUGGUGUCUGUCAUACAGAUUUGCAUGCUAUGAAGGGUGACUGGCCGCUGAAGUCCAAAUCGCCUCUUGUAGGCGGCCACGAAGGGGCCGGCGUAGUGGUCUCCAAGGGUAACCUGGUCACUGAAAUUGACAUUGGCGACCUCGCCGGUGUAAAAUGGCUUAACGGAUCAUGCCUUACAUGCGAGUUCUGCCGUCAGUCAGAUGAGCCACUUUGUCCCACAGCCUUGCUAUCUGGAUAUACAGUCGAUGGGACCUUCCAGCAGUAUUGUGUUGCGAAGGCUAAGCAUGUGUCUAAGCUUCCUAAGGAGACACCUUUGGAUACCGUUGCCCCCAUCUUAUGCGCUGGUAUCACCGUCUAUAAAGGUUUGAAGGAAUCGGGUGCACGGGCCGGACAAACAGUUGCGAUUGUUGGUGCUGGGGGUGGGCUGGGAUCCCUUGCACAGCAGUAUGCAAAGGCUAUGGGACUCAGAGUGAUUGCUAUUGAUAGUGGUGAAGAUAAAAGGAAAGAGUGCCAGGAGAUGGGCGCUGAAGUGUUUAUUGAUUUUCGCAAAAGUAGAGAUCUUGAUCUUGUUAAUGCCGUUAAAGCUGCUACAUCUGACAGGCUUGGGCCACAUGCUGUGCUUUUACUUGCUGCCUCAGAGUUGCCAUUCCAGCAGGCAACGAGCUAUGUGAGACCUCAUGGAACUAUUGUCGCCAUAGGCAUGCCAGCUCACGCUUACCUGAAAGCCCCCGUCUUCAAUACAGUUGUCCGGAUGAUCAACAUCAAGGGAAGCUAUGUCGGCAACAGGCAGGAUGGCUAUGAAGCAAUUGAUUUUUUUACACGGGGUCUCAUUCAUGCCCCAGUCAAGGUCGUGCCACUUUCUGACUUGGGCGAGGUGUACAAGCUGAUGGAGCAAGAGGAAAUUGUCGGCCGCUACGUCUUGAAAAUGCCACAGGGAUGAGCUCAAGUGGUUCCACUACAGCACCCUAAGUGCAAGUUCUUAUCAAUAGUACUUUUAUUGUAGUUUCCUC